UUCCAGGAUUUAGCGCUCGCAUCCCCCUCGGUUCGUUGACAGGUACACCUUGCCUUUGCGUCGGGGAGGGGGAUGAUUUUCCCUCUAUCCUUGUCGCACCUCUGCCAAUGCGCUUCCGCUGCUGUCUCGCAGUAAACUAUCUCCUAGCGGCAUGAUGAUACCAAAGAAGGCCUUCGGGCUCGUCGUUUGCCUGCUUCUCGCUACAGGCCUCAUACUUUUCUCGCGCACGGUGGGACAUUCGCUCGCCGAGUACUUCUUCGGCCCCUAUGGGCCAGUCAUACCCUACACCACGCAUAUCGUGUUGUUCCAGUUCAAAGAGGGCACCAGCAAAUUCGCUGUCAAGGAGGUGAUUGCGCAAUUCUUUGGGCUGAAGAAAACAUGCAUACAUCCAACUACGCUCAGGCCGUACAUUGUUUCGAUCUCGGGAGGGAAGGAUAUCUCGACUGAGAAUCUGCAGAACGGCAUCAGCCACGCUUUUGUCCUGCAGUUCCAUUCCAUCGAAGACCGUGAUUACUACGUUAAUGACGAUCCAGUUCACAAGGCAUUCAAAGAGGCGGCUGCAUCGGCACUCGAGAAAGCAAUUGUCGUCGAUUAUCAAAAUGGGGUUUUUACAAGUGUGUAAUUCUAAGAAAAGCAGUCUACUUUGCGUCCGAUAGAACAACGCGCUCGACUUCCCUCGCCCGAUAGGCCAUUUCUUCGUCGCUAUACCAUUACUCGCCAAUCCGAGAUGCAAAAUAGAUGAUCAACUCCACAACUCCAAAUUAUCACUUUCGCCAGUGAAAUUCCUAUGCCCUAAAGCACUCUGAAACUCCAGCUCGUUCGAUCGUCAGUCCCCAGGAACCCACCAACGCUUCUCCAACUUCUCAAUCUUGCAUCAUCUCCUGCGCCUGCGCCGCCUUCUCCCUCCUAUCCUCGCACACCUGCC